AUGUCCUCAGAGCCACCGCCCAACACGGCCGCAGCGUUGCACCGCGGACCUCGCCUGCACCCCCUGGUUGUUAAGGCGGACAGGAUCGUCGCCGACCUGCGGGAGGAUAUCCGCCAGCUGUCGGAGGAGCUCAGGGGAAAAGACGAUCUGCUGGAGCAGGCCCGGAUGCUGGCUCACUUCUGGGCGGAGGUGGCAGUGCGGGGCUGCAAGCCUAAGCCCACCGCGGCUUCGCCUCCACUACCCCUCUCGAACCGCUUCCAUGCCCUGGUGCAGUAUGACGACAGCCCGGCGGGUGGUGAGGGUCCGCGGCCUGCUGUGGCCGCUGCUGCUCCCGCAUCCUCUGGUGGGCCCGCCGCUCGCUGCCAUGACACCCCGGAAGCCAUGCUGCCAGACACCACCAGGCACCGCCGUCGCUCUGCCACGGCUCCGGAUCUCUUCACCCCGGCCCCGGAGACGGAUCUCUCCACCGCGGUCCUGGCCCACUCCACCUCGGCCCCGCAGAAGGAGCUCCCCGCCACGGCCUCGGAUCACUCCGCCGCGGCCUCGGUUCACUCCGCCGCAGCCCCCUGCCGCGACCCUGGAAGUGGGCCUUGCACCGUCGGCCUUAGCGCGGCAGCAGUAAUCCCGGACCUCAACCUCCGCUGCUCGCCGGAGGCUGACCAGGGAGGCGAGCCGACCAGCGAAGACACGCUGCUCCUGCUGUGGUUUCACAAAGGGGGGGAACCUCCCGACUGCAAGCAAAGCUUUGGGAUCAGUGGGUGUACCAUCACCGGUGACAGGAGGCUGUACAGCCGGGCCCACGCCGUGCUCAUCGCGCACCGCGAUGUGAUCAACAGCGACGACUGGUCUCUGCCUCAGGAGUCACGACCGCCUGGGCAAAAGUGGAUCUGGUUCAACAUGAACCAUCCUGCGAAUUCACUGCGGCUGUGGGAAUAUGAAGGACUUUACAACCUCACACUGACAUACCGUGAAGACUCUGACAUCGCUCUGCCUGUUGGGUAUGUAAUCCCAAACGCAUUCUUGGAUGACUUCCCAAUGGCUUCUUAUGCUUAUCGGCUGGACACAUCGUCCACUUCCAGUCCGCGUCCCGGCUUCGUGUCCUGGGUGGUCAGCCACUGGGGGGAGAACCUGGAGCGCGUGUCCCUCUACAAACACCUCAAAGAGUACAUUCAAAUCGACGUGUUUGGGGGGGUAGGGACACCGAUCCCACCUGGUAAGGAGAACGUGGUGGAGCUGAUCCGACAGUACCGGUUCUACCUGGCCUUCGAGAACUCGCAGUACACCGACUACAUCACGGAGAAGCUGUGGAACGCGGUGCAGGGUGGCGCCAUCCCCGUGGUCCUGGGUCCAUCCAGGAAGAACUACGAGCGCUUCCUGCCCCCCGAGGCCUUCAUCCACGUUGAUGACUUCCCCACAGUGCGGGACCUGGCCCGGUACCUGCUGGUGGUGAAGGACAGUCCGUCUCUGAUCGAGCUACACCUCAGCUGGAGGAGAGACUACAGCAUGUACAGGCCAUAUAAAUGGAGGGAAUUCCACUGUACAGCCUGCAGGGUGGUGAGAGAGCGCAAAGGCAGGACUGAUGUGGUCCAACACCUGGCAGCGUGGUUUUACUCAUGA